GUCGAGUGUGUAAACAUGGCUUCCAGACAGCAGGCCGAGAGUAGGACUGAAAAAAUCAUUUGUCCCAUUUGUCUGGAUUUCUUUACCAAUCUCGUUCCACUGGAGUGUGGACACUACUUCUGCCGCACCUGUGUCACCCAGAGUUGGGAAAACUCCUGCCCGGAAUGUAGAGAGAUGUUUCCGGAAGGAAACCUCGGGGUAAACCGCACCUUGUCGAAUCUGGCCCGGGACGCUCGAAAAUUAAAGCUGGAUCCGAAAAAGAGGGCAAAUAGACUUCACUGUGAGGAACAUCAGGAAGAGCUGAAACUGUUUUGUGAAACUGACAAGAAAUUGAUCUGUCUGAUUUGUCGGGAUUCGCGGGAGCACAAAUCUCACAACUUUAUGCCGGUCAAUGAAGCUUUUGAAAUCUACCAGGAUCAGAUGAAAUCUUCCCUAAGUUCUCUCACAGAGAAGAAAUCGGCGGUUCUAGAAAAGGAACUGGAACAGAAACUGAAGAUUUCACAAAUUAGGGAACAGGCGAGCAGUCUGCAGACCCACAUCACAUCCGAGUUCACUAAAAUGCACCAGAUUCUCACUGAGAAAGAACAGCGUUUACUCAGAGAUCUCAGGGAAGAAGUGGACAGGAUUCUGGAACCAAUGGAGAGAAACCGUCAAGAGAUUCAGGAACAUUUAAGUUCUAUUGAGAAGGACAUUUCAAAACUGCAGAAAGAAAUAAGGCAAAAAGACGAGGUGGCAUUUCUGAUGGAAGAAGCUAACCAGAAGAUAAGGCUUGGUGAAGAACAACGAAUAAUGAAAAUAGAGGAUGGCAUAUUGUUGACUGGAAAGUUCAAAGGGCCUGUACAGUACACAGCGUGGAGAGAAAUGAUAAACGUCAUCAAUCCAGCUCCAGCGUCUCUGACUCUGGAUCCGAACACAGCGCACCCACAGCUCAUCCUGUCUGAGGACCGGACCAGCGUGAAACAUGGAGACAAAUGGCAGCUGCUGCCUGACUCCUCGGAGAGAUUUGAUCCUUGCCCCUUUGUACUGGGAUCAGAGGGAUUCAAAUCAGGGAGACAUUACUGGGAGGUGGAGGUCGCGAACAAGACCGAGUGGAGAGUGGGAGUCGCCCGAGAGUCUGUGGACAGGAAAGGGGACAUAGACCCAAAACCUGGCACCGGUUACUGGAUUUUGAGGCUGGUUGCUGGAAGUGUUUAUUUUGCAGCCACAUCUCCUUCACGGACCCCCCUCUCCAUGAGUGAGAAUCCCCGGAAGAUCGGGGUUUUCCUGGACUAUGAGGAAGGACAGGUGUCAUUUUACAAUGCAGACACCAUGUCACAUCUCUACACUUUCACUCACACUUUCACUGAGAGGCUCUUUCCCUUCUUCCACCCAGGAGGGAAUGAUGAUGGGAAAAACUCUGCCCCGCUGACAAUCUCUGGGAUUAAAGGGCACAGUUUGUUCAGAAACUGUUGCGGUGAAUUUGGGAGGAACGGGGGAACGGAAUGUGCACAGCGGCACUGCAACAGCCACAGUAAAACUUGGUUGAAUCAGGAAGUGCUGAGAUUGAAUAUGGCUUCCAAACAGCAGCUCCAGAGUUUGACUGGAGAGGCAAUUUGUCCCAUUUGUCUGGAUUUCUUCACCGAUCCGGUUACACUGGAUUGUGGGCACAACUUCUGCCGCUUCUGUAUCACCGAGAGUUGGGAAAAGAAGGAGAUAAACUCCUGCCCGGAAUGUAGAGAGGUGUUUCCGGAAAGAAACCUCAGGGUAAAUCGGGCCUUAGCGAAUCUGGGCGAGGAGGCUCGAAAAUUAAAGCUGGAUCCGAAAGAGAAGGAAAGUAAACCUCACUGUGAGAAACAUCAGGAAGAUCUGAAGCUGUUUUGUGAAACUGACAAGAAGUUGAUCUGUCUGAUUUGUAGAGAUUCGCGGGAACACAGAGAGCACCGCUUCAUCCCGGUUAAAGAGGCUGUUGAAGUCUACAAGGAUCAACUGAAAUCUUCCUUAGAUGCUCUCACGAAGAAGAAAUCGGCGGUUUUAGAAAUGGAACGGAAACAGAAAUUGAAGAUUUCUGAAACUAAAGAACAGGCGAGCAGUCUGCAGACCCACAUCACAUCCGAGUUCACUAAAAUGCACCAGAUUCUCACUGAGAAAGAACAGCGUUUACUCAGCGAUCUCAAGGAAGAAGAGGAGGGGAUUGUAGAUCCCAUGGAGAAAAAUCUUCGAGAGAUUCAGGAGAAAUUAAAUUUUAUUGAGGAGACAAUGUCAACGUUGCAGAAACAGAUGGUGGAAGCAGAUGAGCUGGUAAUUACGAAGGGGAAAGCGUGCCUGAAGAAAAGGAUUAGUGAGGAUAUCCAAUUACUCUCAAUUGCUGAUGCAACUGCCUUGUCCAUUGAAAAGUUCAAAGGGCCUUUACAGUAUACAGUGUGGAGAGAAAUGAUUGCCUCUAUUGACCCCGCUCCAGCCUCCCUGACUCUGGAUCCAAACACAGCGAGUCCCUGGCUCAUCGUGUCUGAGGACCGGACCAGUGUCAGCGUGGGGGAUAAGCUGCAGACACGCUCUGACUCCCAAGAGAAUAUUGAUCACUGGCUCAGUGUCCUGGCAUCGGAAGGAUUCACAUCAGGGAGAUAUUACUGGGAGGUGGGAGUGAGCAACAAGAGUCGGUGGAUUGUGGGUGUGGUCCCAGAAUCUAUGGACCGGACAGAGACGAACGACCCAAAACUGGAGACCCAAUACUGGAUUGUGGGACUUGCCUCUGGAAGAGGUUACUUUGCUGCCACAUCCAGCUCUGAUAUCACUCUUACCCCGAACACAGAACCCCAGAAAGUCGGGAUUUUUCUGGACUAUGAGGGUGGACAAGUAUCAUUUUACAAUGCAGAUAACAUGUCCCAUCUCCACACCUUCACCCACACUUUCACUGAGAGGAUUGUUCCCAUCUUCUAUCCGGAACUGAAUGACCAUGGUAAAAAUUCCACCCCGCUGACCAUCUGCGGGACUAAAGGGCCCUGACAGAUCCAUCUCAUAGUUUCACCCCGUCUCCUUGCCUCCUGACAGUUGUCAAACAGGUGGUUGUCAGUUAACAUUCCGGGAAUAAACCCUGUACCGGAACUGGGAACUGAAAGAUCAGCAAGGAGCUCUGCGGGGCUGGGGGAAAGAAGGAGGGGGAAGAGAGGAAACAAAUAAAAGCUCAACUGUAGGGAGGGACUGACUGGGUAGAAUGAGCUGUGAGCUGCAGGAACCCGGGGACCUUCCUGCCUGUAAUGUUGCUCUAUAGACGGGUGGUGGCGCUACAUAACGGUGUUGGCAAUGAAUCAGUCAGUGGUUCUCAGACUGGGCUCAGGGGAGUCUUUCCAGGGAGACAUCAAAUCAUUUCUCUGGAGAGGAGUAUUUCCAGAGGAUACCCAUAAUAAUAUUGCAGGACGUGGGGCAAGGGGAGAGAGGAAGAGAAAAAAAAGGCAUCCUGUUUUGUACAAAUGAUCUGGAAUUGGUGAAAUCCCUGUCUGACCAGCUGUCAAUACUUACACUCCGAAAGUUCCCGAAAUCUCGCCCUUCUUCAGGAUGAUGAGGAUCCUCGCUGUCAUGUGUUUUUUUUAGCGGGGAGUCUCAGAUUUACUUUCGGGUGAAGGAGAGGGGAGCGGGAGACCCGCUGCUGCUGCUGUGAUACUCGGCUCUUUUCAACCCGGACCAAGUACCGUUCUCAUGCCUGACCGUAGGGUGUUUCCGUCAUUUUUUUUGUUUAUAUUAACCUCUCUUGGGUUUUUGUUCCCGUAGUUGUUCUAAGCUGCCAGUUUAACCGACUACAAAUAUACACGAUGCCGGAUAUAACAUCGUCAAAUAACAUUGACCAGGGUCGGUUUACCACAGGUCUGUAAAUAUUGCCCAGAAUUGCAUUGUCUAGAACGGUCCAUUUAUUUUGCGUUAAGUUGUAUCUUGUGUAUUUAUGGAAGGAUUUUCUUACAUGAAAUUGGAGUCUGCUUCUGGAAGUUUAAACGUCUACAUGGAGUGUGGUUGCUACGAAUCUUGCUUUUCACAGUCUAUUUAACUUGAGGAAUAAACCAACUGGAUGUAUAUGGUAUUAAUGCAGAAUAUUAAACAUCUUAAAAGCAGCUUACCUGACACGUUAGAGGAGACACCGUUAUCGCCUACUGUAAUUCUUUUUUUUUCUAUUUUAUCUCAUCAUGGGUGAAAUAGUCCUUAAAUCCUUGUUAUGCAAGUAUCUGUUUUAUCAAAAGCAUUAUUAAAAUAAAUCACAUAUGAAAACUUUAUCUAUUAUUGAUGUACUUUAACUGUGUACUUAUACUGGAGGCCAGUGAUUGCUAAUCCAAAUAAAUUCGCCAACAACAAAAAACUUGCGAACCAGUGCAAUGGACCCAU